GCCGGGAAUACACAAGCUGUCGCCAGUUCGCAGCUACGCUUCACGACACAUCGUGCCAUCUGUUCCUUACUAAAAAACACCAAAUAUGUCUCUCCCAACAAUCACAAUCGAUGAGCUGUCAAAGGGUGUCGACGACCCGACCACCAACGCCAGCUCUAAGAAGCUUCUAGAAGGAAUCCUCAAUGACUUCAUGGACUUGCAGUACGGCAAGGAAACUCCCUACACCACCGGCAAGCAAGUUAUCCCCAGCGGUUGUUCUGCCGAUGAUUUGGACAGCGCUAUUGCUGACGAUACUACCGAUAAAAAAUUUAAAGCUGUAUUUGUUAAGAUCUCAGAUGUAAACAAGAGUGGAGACCUCACCCCGCAGACCAAUAAUGGUGGCUGGGACCCUAAGUACACUCCCGUCCUCGUCCUUGUUACUCCUAACCCUUAGAUUAGUUGUUUAAGUUAUUGUAUUCUUUCAUAAUUUAAUGAUUGUAAUGUUUAAGUAAUAAAUUUGUUGUAUCUA